CUGCGACCAAUCGCUAAUCACGGCACCGACAGAGCAACACCAGUUCUCGAUUUAUCCGCCCGCCAGCAACACUCCAUGAAGCUGCUUUCGUUCCUCUUCUUUGGCACCUUGGUAGCUGCCGAGCAGAUGCGGGUCAGCACCAGCGCCAGCACAAAUCCGAACGUCAAAGGCAAUGGAGACAUAUCCAACGUCUCCUUCAAGAACAGCGGCACCACCAGCAACGCGCAGCCGGCAGGUCUCACUGGCGGCACAAGCAACUCCAACGUCAAGGGCACCGGUGACCAGUCCAAGGACAUUUUCAAGAACACUAGUGGCAACACGAGCGGCACCACCAGCAACGCGCAGCCGGCAGGUCUCACUGGCGGCACAAGCAACUCCAACGUCAAGGGCACCGGUGACCAGUCCAAGGACAUCUUCAAGAACACCGGCGGUAAAAGCAACCCCGACGUCAAGGACGACGACGACCAGUCCAAGGACAUCUUCAAGAACACUAGUGGCAACACAAGCGGCAACCGCAAAAACGACGCGCAACCGACGAGCUACACAGGAGCUAGCGGCACGAGCACUGGUGCCAAUACUCAGGUAAUGCCCGACAGCACUGGCAAGAGUGUGAAAGAGGGCCAAAUCACCAAGAGCGGCGCCGAUGACCAGUCCAAGGACAUCUUCAAAAACACCGGCGCCACCACGAGCGGCGCCACCACCGGCAACCGCAAGAACGAUGGCACCCCUCGCGCUUUGCGUGGCUAGACAACGUGCACUAUCUGUCUGUGCGAGAUAAAUCGCGUUAGCAAUAAGCGUAGAAAC